AUGCCCAAAUCCAAGCGCGCGAAGAUCGUCCACCUCACCAAAGUCGACAAGAAAGGCAAGGAACUCUCACUGAAGCUUUUCUCCAACGUCCGAGAAUGUCUGGAUGAGUACCAGCACUGCUUUGUGUUUUCUGUAGAGAAUAUGCGGAAUACGUAUUUGAAGGAUGUGAGGAACGAGUUGAGCGAUUGCAGAAAGUACGAGCAGGGACUUUGGAUUAACAUAUUGGGUAGAUUAUUCUUCGGCAAGACCAAAGUAAUGGCCAAAGCCCUAGGAAGCACCCCCGAAGACGAAUACCAACCCAACACGCGCCUGCUGGCCCCCCACCUUGUCGGCAACGUCGGGCUGCUAUUCACGAACCGCGAGCCAGACUCCAUCAUUGAGUACUUUGCCGCGAUCGCCAAGACGGACUAUGCGCGCGCGGGUACGGAGGCGACGCGGACGUUUACUGUUCCUGCGGGCACGGUGUAUAGUCGGGGUGGUGAUAUCGCUGAGGAGCAGGAUGUGCCCAUGGCGCAUAGUUUGGAGCCUGAGUUGCGGAAGCUGAAUAUGCCGACUAGUUUGGUCAAGGGGAAGAUUACCCUGCAGAAUGAGUAUACCGUGUGUAAGGAGGGGGGCGCGUUGGAUAGUAGGCAGACGAGGUUGUUAAAGCUGUUUGGAGUUGCGACGGCGGACUUUACAGUGCAGUUGCUUGCAUACUGGAGUGCGGCGACGAACGAGGUCACUAAAAUUGGGGCAAUGGAGGAAUAA